UUUGAAUUAUACUUCCUAAUCAAUAAUGGAAGAGCCAUCUUAUGAACGAUCUCAAAGCCACUACGAAAGAGAAUAUAAAGAUGAUACCUCAGAACGGGAAGACCCAGAUUCUCGAGGAGGAACUUUUAAUGGCGCCGAAAUGGAAGAGGAACUCAAACAAAUCAGGCAGAAAAUAGAGAGUAUCGAAGCUCAAGCAGCUGAGCAUUCUACCAACUCUAGAGAGGUGCCCAAUGAAAGGACUUAUAUUAAGAGUUUAAGAGCUUAUGAUAAAAAGAGUGCUUUCCCUCAAACUCCUACUGAAGAUCAAGUUUUAUCACCAACGCCUAAUAGAGCAAGGCUACUAUCUAGCAAUAAGAAUACAAUGUCAGCUAGAACUGAGAACUACAAGGCACCUCAUUUGAAAGCUUUGGAUAAUAAAUUGAAAAGCAUGAUCCAUGAGAAAAAGACAAGGCUGAUGAAUAACGCUCGAUCUCCAUUACAAGAAGUCCAUAGUAACAAAUCCUCUAGGAAAUCUACAAGCAUUCAAGAGGACAGAGCUACAAUGCAAUUGUCUAAUGAGAAUAACUUCUUAAAGAAAUAAGUGAAUGGAAAUGCAGAAAAUUAUCUCUGAGCUGAAUGAGAACACUACUAAAAAUUCUCAUUUAGAGUAUCUUAAGCGAGAGAUAGAAUCAAAGAACAAUACAAUCAAUAAUCUUGAGAGUAAAUUAUUCUCCUCAGCUCUGAAUCAAAGCUCUAUUCCAAACACUCAGAGGCAGGGUGACACGGACAAGUUGAAGGAAGUCAUCGAGGAGGAAGUAAAGUCUCUCUGUGAUACUCUUGCUCAGAAGGUAAAGGACAACAUGCUUCCUCGUGAGAAAUCGUACAUGCACCAUCUCCUUGAGAACCAUGAGAGCAACGAAGGAAGUAUCGAGAGUCUUCUGAUUAAAGAUAAGAUCAACCAACAAGUAAAUUUCUCCAUGAAGUCAAAGGAAGUUCAUAAGCUAUCGCAUAAGAUCCAGAUGAUUUUUAACACCCUGAAGUCUAUCGCUAAUAAUAUGGAAGAGCCCUCCCUCGAGGAGUGUCUGGAGAAAGCCUACCAUGUGGUAAUGACCCACAUUGAUGAUAUCAUCAAAGAUGAUGACGACAGAAUGGAGCGUCUAGUAAUGUUCGUCCAGGAAAAUGAAGACGAAAAGCUUUCAAUCCUUAAGGAAAAGGAAGAACAAGAAGAGUAUUACCGCGAAAUUGAGGACCAGAAUAAAGAACUUGAAGAGCAAUUCAAAGAACUUGAGGAACAGAAUAAGGAACUAGAGGAUUACAAGAAUGAUCUCGAAGAGCAGAGAAAAGACCUUCAGGAAGAAAACGACCAACUUCAGGCUAACAAUAAAGAAAUUGAAGAGGUAAACAAAGAGCUUGACGCCAAGCUUCUUGAAGCUACUGAGGAGCUCAAGAAUUUGUACGAAAAAAAUCCAGAUUUCGAACAACUUGAGGAGGAAAUUGAGGAUCUUACAAAUGUAGUAAACAACAAAGACCAGCAGUGCCAAGAAAUGGCUGAGAUAAUCGAGCAUCUUGAAGGAAUCAUCGAGGAUGAAAAGCAGCAAAAUAGUGACCUAAACCAAAACUACGAAGACCUCAAGCAAGAAAUUAUUGAUAUCAAGGAAGAACUUGAAGAAAAAGAGAAAAUUAUUAACUCUUCAGAGGAGGAGAAGGCCAAACUCAUCAUCGAAAACACCAAUCUUGGAGAAGAGAAAGAUAAGGAAUGAGACAGGCUGUACAAUGAGCUACAGAAGCUAAUCAAAAUCAACGAGAAUCUGGAAAAUGAGUCUGAAAAGAAGGAAAAAGAGUUGGCUAAAAUAGAUGACAUUUUCACCAAACUCUCUGAUAAAGAGUCAAAUUUGGUCCAAACCCGGACAGAGAAGGAAGCCCUAGAGAAGGAGCUGGAUAGACAGAAAUCUGAGUACCAUAACCUACAAUCUAACAUCAGAGAUCUACAGACCAGGAUUGAUACCAUAAUUGAGAACUCUAAGGGAGAAAUUAAGGAGAAAGACCAAAAGAUCGAGCAUCUCAUGAAUGAGAUUAGUAAUUACAAAGAUCAUAUGGCUAAAUCUAUUGACCUUGUGAAGUUAUCCCAUUCGAACGACCUAAAGGAGCUCCAGCAGAAGUACGAGCAUGCUGAAAGUGAGAAGAACCAAUACUAUUACGAGCUGAAGAGCAAGAGCAAGGAGAUCGAGCGGAUCCAGACUGAACUUGAGAACUCAAAAGAGAGCUACAAGAAAGAAAUGGAAGAUAAUUAUGAAAAACUUAACCACCUCAUGCAAGAUGCUGCCAGCAAGAAGGAAGAUACUCUUAAGCAAGGGUUCAAAAUUGUAGAGCUGAUGGACUCCCUCAGAGAGAAAGAGAAAGCGCUCGAUGAUAAACAAGACGCUGUUUCAGAAUCACAGGAGAAGCAGAAAAAGCUCAGUCUUGAGUUAGGAAAUGCCCAAGGAGUCAUCGAGACCUUACAGAAUAGCAUCCAAAAUUCCGAGAAAGAGCUUGAGAAAGAAGUAAAAUUAAGGAAAGAAGAGCAAAGAAGGUUAAUAGAACUUAUUGAAGAGAAAAAUGUUCUAGAAAAGUACCCUGAUGAAGUCAAGUCUCUGAACUCAAAGAUUUGUAGUCUUGAUACUCAUUGCCAGAAAUUGGAGAAGGAGCUUGAAUCUCAUCGAGCGAUGGUAUCUAAUAACAACUCUAAGAUUAAGGAGUACGAGUACCAACUCGAAAGAGUAAACUCGAAGAUCCAAGAAAGGGAUGGUAUCAUCAAGAAGUUGGAGGAUGAGAUAGAGUCUCUUAGGAAUGAUAUCUAUGAGCACAAGAAUACGAUUCUAGAGAAAACGAAUGAUGUAAAAUAUCUGAAUAACCAGAUCAGCAAGCUGAAUAUCAACAAGCAUAGUGAUGCAUGCAUCAACAGCUCUAUUACACAAUCAUUAAACAAGCUGACUGAAGAGAAUUCCAAGAUGAAAAAAGAACUUGAGGAGAAGCAGACUAAAAUAGAGAGUCUCCAGAAAGAGAUUUCAGGACUCAAGACUAACAACUCUAACUGCAGCAUGAUGAGCAAGCAGAUAGAGGAUCUCCAACAACAGCUUGAGUCUAGUAAGCAGGAAGCUGAGACUAUUAUUGACAAGAAUAUGUCCAUCAUUGAGGCUAAAGAGCAUCAAAUCGAGGAUUUGGAGAAACUAGUCAAGAAGUAUAAAAAUCAAGAUCUUACCAAAUCAGAAAUGGAAGAAUACAGAGUAAAAGCUCUUGAAGAACAAGACAACAUCAUCGCUCAGAAGGAAGAAGAAGUAAAGCUCUGCAUCGAAAAACUGCAGUUCUAUACUGAAGUAUUUGAGUCACUCGAAAGUCAGCUUGCUUCUGAGAAGCAGAAGGUGUCCAAGCUAACCAAGAAGGUACAGUUUCAAGAUGAGCGUAUAAAGAACUUGACCUCAUAUCAAUUUAAGAGGGAUUCAGAAGACAUGGAAGACCUGCUAUCCCACUCUAUUCGUAGUGAUUCCCAAAACAGUAGAGAUUAUGACUAAAAAUCUGUAGUUCAAUCAUCAAA